UUCCGGCAACGAGCAGCGCUUGCCCGGAUGUUUGCGGGCCGGAUUAACCCCGGAAAUGCCGGAUGAAGCCGGUGGGACCGGAUCGUUGCAGGAAUCGCGGUUCGGCCUGGGCAAAAUCUGGUGUGUGACAUCGGCGGCAAAUUCGAGCGGUCGAGUGCGGCGGACGGCCGGGCGGACUGGGCCAGGGGGUUGGGGUUGAUUCCCUCCCCACCCCCUCCCCCCCCGCGCGCGCCUCAUUGCUAGCUGCAGGGAUGUCGUCGGAGAUGAUCGAUAACCCACAAGCGCUGCACUUCGAGGAGAUCAACUACAAUGAGAUCGAUGUGGAGGAGGUUGUUGGGAGAGGAGCUUUUGGGGUUGUCUGUAAAGCAAAGUGGCGUGGAAAAGAUGUAGCUAUAAAGCAAAUUGAAAGUGAAUCAGAAAGGAAAGCGUUCAUCGUAGAGCUUCGACAGUUGUCACGUGUAACGCACCCCAACAUUGUGAAACUGUAUGGAGCCUGCCUAAAUCCAGUCUGCCUUGUUAUGGAAUAUGCAGAAGGAGGCUCCCUUUACAAUGUGCUACAUGGAGCUGAACCCCUACCAUUUUACACUGCGGCCCACGCAAUGAAUUGGUGUUUACAAUGUGCACAAGGAGUGGCGUACCUCCAUGGCAUGAAACCCAAGGCUUUAAUCCACAGGGACCUCAAACCACCAAACUUGCUACUGGUUGCUGGUGGGACAGUUCUGAAGAUCUGUGACUUCGGUACAGCAUGUGACAUUCAAACUCACAUGACCAACAACAAGGGUAGUGCUGCUUGGAUGGCUCCAGAGGUUUUUGAAGGUAGUAAUUAUAGUGAAAAGUGUGAUGUCUUCAGCUGGGGUAUUAUACUUUGGGAAGUAAUAACUCGACGAAAGCCUUUUGAUGAAAUUGGUGGCCCUGCAUUUCGCAUCAUGUGGGCUGUCCAUAACGGUACUCGACCGCCUCUAAUCAAAAAUUUGCCGAAACCGAUUGAGAGUCUAAUGACUCGCUGUUGGUCGAAAGAUCCUGCACAACGCCCCUCAAUGGAAGAGAUAGUGAGGAUAAUGACUCACUUAAUGAAGUAUUUUCCAGGAGCUGAAGAACCUCUUCAAUACCCAUGCCACUACUCAGAUGUGAGCCAGAGUAACUCUGCCACAAGCACAGGAUCUUUCCUGGAAAUUACCUCUACAAAUACCAGUAACAAAAGUGAUGCUAAUGCAGAACCUAGUGACCUACAUGCAAAUGCUACCAAUGACACAAUUAAACGUUUGGAAUCGAAGCUGGCCCAGCAGCUUAAACUCCAGCCCAAGCAGGCGGGUGACUCUGCACGAUUAAACCUGCCACUGUCUCGAGGGAGUAGCGUUGAGAGCUUGUCUGGAGGACGCACACAGUCUGCUGCUGCCACUCUGGAGGGAAAAAGGUUGAGUGCUGACCUCAGCAAUUAUUCUGAAUUGGAGGCCAGAAUUAUGAAUGCUACCACAGCCCGUCCAAAGCCAAAACGAGGCCACCGUAAAACUGCUUCAUUUGGUACCAUACUGGAUGUUCCUCAGAUCGUCAUAUCAGGCAGUGAACAGCAAAGGCGUAGGUCUAUUCAGGACCUAACAAUUGUUGGAACAGAAUCUAAUCAGGGCAGCAGAAACAGCAGCCGGUCGUCUAGUCCAAGCGUGAGGAUGAUCACCACCACAGGCACUCCUUCUGAGAAAGCUACCCGCAACUAUGCAUGGACACCAGAUGAGUCAACAGAUACAAAUGGUUCUGAUAAUUCUAUCCCAAUGGCAUAUCUUACCCUGGAUCACCAGUUACAGCCAUUAGCUCCAUGUCCAAACUCCAAAGAAUCCAUGUCUGUAUUUGAGCAGCAUUGCAAAAUGGCUCAGGAAUACCUGAAAGUUCAAACUGAAAUCGCAUUGCUACUACAGAGAAAACAAGAACUAAUAGCAGAACUGGACCAGGAUGAAAAAGAUCAACAGAAUACCUCCCGGCUGGUUCAAGAACAUAAGAAGCUUUUGGAAGAAAACAAAAGUUUAUCCACAUACUAUCAACAAUGUAAGAAACAGCUAGAAUACAUAAGAGCCCAGCAGCAAAAGCGGCAGGGCACAUCAUGAGGCAGUGGAAAGCAUGGGCCAUCAUUUCUAUGCUACAUGCCCCAAGACUAUUGCUUAGUCACACAAAGACUAUUGGAAGAUGACCUGUCAGUGUUUGGGCCUCUCUGUUGUGUUCUGUAAGUGGAUUUCUGUGUGUCUCCAUUGCAGCCUGUACAUCUGACAAACUUUGAUUUUAGUUGAUUUUUUUUUUUAAAAUUAAGUUAGUAUUUAAUUUCAUUCCAUGCAUAUUUUAGUUCAAUCACCAAAUAGAUUUGAGAGAUGCUUUAGGUAAAGUUGUGGCAAUAAAUUAUUUGUAUGAAGCUACAAUUCAGUUAAGAUGUUACAAGGAGGGAAGGGAAUAUCUAAACCAAAACAGGGUUGGGCCCCACUGAUCAUUUUUAUCUGUUAUGGACUAAAUUGCUCAUAAUGCCGGAUGUUAACUUGUGCCUUGGAGGCUAGCAGUAUUUUCCUUUGUCACCAUACGUUAUCUAUUUUGUUCUUUAAUUGGGUCAGACCUGCAUAAGGUUCGUUGCCCAGAGCUCGAUGCUAAUAAAAAAAAUAGAUUCUAUGAUCUGCAUAUUUUGGAGAGUUCUGAGUAGCAUCCAGUAGGAUUACUCUCUGAAGUCACUCUAAUGUGAAAGCAAAUGUAGUGCAUUGAGCAUAGUUAUUCCAUACUCUUCUUGCACAAGCUGCUUAUCCUACAGUAAGAGACUUUUUUUUAAUUCCAGAAGUUUUUAUAAAAAGUACAGCAGUUAACUUGACAGCUAUCUUGAAUAGUGGUACCACUACAGUAACUCUUUGUUUUCCUUUGAUAUGAAUGAUAUGUGGCACACAGCCUUGAAGUUUUAAAUAGCAAAUAGAUAAAUAAUAUAUAGAAAAUCACCUUAGGCAUAGCAGUUGUACUGGAAAGCUGAAUCUGAAAUAAUAAAUGACAUCCAUGAAACAUAUGGGAUGAUCUAUCACAUGCAGGGAACAGUACUCGCAAUACACUCAUCUCAGAAAAUCAUGGGUGUAUGGACUUCUAUUUUUUUGUGAUGUUUCCUGGAAGACUGGAUCACAAAAUCACCCUGAUGUGGCUUUUUAUCCUGUCCUUAAAAAAAAAAUCAGCUCUACAGUUUUCCUGCAGAAUGAUUGCAGAUUUGUACAAAACAAAUUUGUUGAAACAUCAAUGUGAUUUUCUCUGAAUAAGCUUUUUGAAAAUUUGUUCUUAAUGAUGAUUUGGCUACCACAAAAUAACAAAUGCCCUUUGGGAUUUUAGGCAGAGAUAUUCUCCCAAAAAUCAAGUUUGAAAGUAUGUCCUUAUAAAUGCAAUGGACCUGUUUGACCACAACAAGUUGGAAAAAUUGCACUUUAUUUUUUUUUCUUAGCAUGGAGCAUGGAUGGGCUUAUGAGAAAUGCAGCUGGGCCAGGUGGAGUUAACAGUACUGUAAUUGUUUACAUUCUCUAAAUUAGCAUCAGCCAAGGUUCUAUAAAGGAUUUGAUGAUGUAACGUAAAUGAAAUGUUGGUUGCUUGGAUAAAUUCAGUGCCAGGCUGAACAUUAUGAUCUGAUGCUCAGCCAAGCACGUGUACUCUCCCACUCCUCUUUGGUGGAAGGUAGGUCAUUGGAAUUGUGGAAGUUACAACCAUGAUGUCAAAACAAGUAUUUUUGUUAGAGAUGAUAUCCUUUUUGAAGGAUGUAUAUAAGCUGGAUUAAAACAAUCGCAUAAGAACUCUGUUGAGCAACUUGUUUUACUUGUUUGGGUCGAAAGAAAGCUCAUCGUUUUUUAAAACAAAAAUUUUGUUUUCACUCCAGUAAAACGAUAGACAGUGAUGGUCAGCUGUCACGUUCAACAGUUCUCAUAAAACUGUAAGUGUUGGACCCUUUCAAGGACUGCAGGAGCAUGUCUGCAUCACAAUAUUAGGAUCAGUUUUCUUGUUCAGUUUAUUCCAAUAUGCUGUGAACAAACAAAUGUUCUGUGGUUCUCUCUAUUUCUAUAAUUUGCUCUCUAUUUUCAUUAAUGCAAGAAAUGAGUCUGCAGAUUUUAUAUGAAAAAAACGUUCAAUUCUGUAAAGCAACAACUGUAUAUACAUAUAUUUAUUUGAAAGAAUGACUUAUUUUGAAUGGUAUUUUGUAGGUCUAAUUUUUUUGAAGGGUAGGGAUGGGUUAUAUUGUAGCGUACAUUGGUCAAUUAAUAGGGGCUACUGACUCUUAAGGCGUAUGCCAGAGUUGAAAUACCUCAACAAAAAUACAGUGUAGUCUGCUUAUUAUCAGGCUACUCCUGCAGUCGUAUGUUAGAAUUUGAAAGAUCAACCAAUCCCAUGUUAAUUUGUGUAAAUUAUAGCAUGCUUUUUAAUUGCUGGAUAGGCUCCUUUCCCAGUGCCUUUAGAAAUUAUGGAUUUUGAUUCUUGUAUGUCCUUCUACCUGCCUGUCCAUCUCUGUGGACACACUCUUGUCACCUUAUUAACUUAAAAGCACUUCACCUGUAGAUAAACACUCCUGACAUAGUACCAUGCCAUAUAGACCAGGAAUUUUCAAGAUAUGAUCCAUGAUCUGUUUUGAGCUUGCUGACCUCAGUCAGGGUCGCAUUGGGGAUGCUAUAAUUGGUCUCCUCGACCUUGAGCAAGGGAAAGGAAUCUCCUGGUGAAUUUGCAGGAAAGUCAUUGUGUCCAGACAUCGGGUGAGAAUAUGAUUCAACUCAGCUGAUAUCCUCCCCACGUUUGAAUUGCCUGCUAAUACUCAUAGCCUAAGCUCCAGCAUGAAGAAUGGCAAUGUGCUAGUUACAAGAGAAUUGCCGGCAGCUGACCAAAUGUGUACCAGCAUGAAUUAGUGCUGUCAGAAAAGUUAAAAAUAAGAUUGGUACAGGGGAAGGGAUGGGAGAGGUACUUCAUCAGAAAACAGCAUUGUUUGAAAAAUGGAUUGUGUAUGUACUUGGUUAUGAGGUCUGUGUUUUUGAAAUAUGUUUGCUGUUACUAAAAUUGAAAGGUGAAUCAUUGGAGGAUUGCAAUAGUAUUUACAAAGAAUAAUAAAGUUUAGAAGUUUUUCACUUACACAAUUAAAUAUUGUAAGUUAA